AUGCGUUAUCUCUCCUUUUCAGUUUUUGCCCUAGGCAUCACCACCACCUCCGCCACCAUCCUCGCCUCGGACGGACACGGCGGCGUCCUCCACAACCCUCGGUACACCCACCAAAGAAUCGACAGCCGCAACGUCAAGAUCGACAACCUCGCCCUCCACGCCGCGGUCCGAAGGUUCAACGUUGAGCAACUCCAGAACUUGACGAGCACCCUCCCCGUGUUGAUACCCCGACAGGCGGCAAACCUCCAGGUUUUUACCUCCGCCCUGGGGGGCGCUACGGCGCCUGCUAUUACCAACUCUGGUGAUCCUGACAGACCUUUUGCUGUCGACGGGGAUACCUUUCCCGAUUUUGCGACGGCGAGCAACAGGGCUUGUGACAACCAGAAGAAUGCCUGUGCCAGGAUUGCGAAUGAGGGGGGCCAGAGGGACGGGGAGUUGACGGUGGGGGAGUGUGACAGGCAGAUGGAACAAUGCAAGAGUGCGGCGCUUUCGGCAGCCAACAGAUCUUUUGAUGGCGCCGCGGGUGAGCAGCAGCCGCAGCAGCCACCGCCGCAGCAAGGGGGCGGUCGUGGUGAUGAUGGAGGACAGAGGCAGGAUCCGAAUCGGGGGCAGGAUCAGGGACAGGAGGAACAGGCGCCGCCCGAGUCGGUGCUGGUUAGUUCGGAUGAGAAUUUUGAUUUCUUCUGUGAUGUUUAGGCCUGGGAAGUUCGGGAGGCGUGGGAGACUGAUGUUUUUUCUUUUGUGGGUAUUUACAGCAAGGGAAUCAAUCGGGAAGGCAAUGGUUGGUGUAAGUGACGAGGAGGCCGGGAUUGGGGGCAACAUGGAGCACUGCUGUUUCAGACAACUCGCCAUUGGGCACGGAAUCGGGCGUGGGAGGCGGUUUUCCGCCUUUUUGUACAUCAAUGGUAUUAUUGGCUAUAGGGUGUUUAUGAAGAUGUCACGAAGGUCUGGGUUUUGCUCAUCUGAAUUCCAUUCCAUGAGGCGAGAUGGCUAUCCCUACCGUUGCUGCACGAG